AUGAUACCGCUGGCGUCUCUGCUGGGGCUGGUCCCCUACAUCUGGGCCGACCUGCUCCACGGAUCGCUCGCGGCUCAGGAGCCUCUAGGCAGGGUAGAGUUCGGAGCCGUGAACGAAAUACCUGGAGGGGUAGGACUAUCCGCUCUAGACAACCUUUUGGACGCUCGACUUCCUGGACGCUAACGCCAUGCCUAACUCGGCUCCUCCGCUCCCAGAUGCAAGGAAAGAAGCUCACAUU